AUGAAUAUGAAUCUCCCUCAAAGACAUGCACCAUUUUUGCUUGUUUUGUUAUGUCUAUGUAAUAUAGCUAAGGGUGUUCCAAAUACCAACAUCAGAAACGUUCUAUGCAACAGUGGUAAGUUCACCAGAGGUGACCCUUUUACUAUUAGUUUAAGCUUUGUUCUUGAAGAUUUAGAGAAUGAAACUCCAACACAAACAAAUUAUGACUAUCUCAACAUUUCACCUUAUCCUAAUGCAUUUGCAUAUGGACAUGCUACUUGCAACCUUAAUUUGACAUCCUUUGAUUGUAAAACAUGUCUUGGUGUUGCUAAAUUGGAUAUGUUUAGCACUUGUCAGACACAAAGAAUUGGGGCUCGUUCUUUGCUCCAUGAUUGUUCAUUAAGGUAUGAGCAAUACCCAUUUGAUGAUUAG